AAAUACUCUAACUUGCUGGUAUGCCUCCAAUAUGAUAUUACAGCAGGUAAGAUAUUAUGCGGCUGUAUCAGCAGGGGCCUCCAAAGGAUCCAAGAAACUUUUUGGCCGUCCCUCGAACAAUCUUACUAGUGGGAUUGUUGGUUUAGCCAAUGUCGGUAAAUCAACCUUUUUUCAAGCUAUUACCAAGAGUACACUUGGCAAUCCUGCUAAUUACCCCUUUGCAACUAUUGAGCCAGAGGAGGCCAGGGUGCUUGUGCCAAGUGUAGAAUUGGACCGUCUAGCGGAGUUAUAUUCAUCAAAGAAGAAAAUACCUGCGAUUUUGAAAAUCUUUGACAUUGCAGGACUUGUACGUGGCGCUUCGGACAAUAAAGGUUUAGGAAACGCAUUUUUAAACGACAUCAGAUCGGUUGACGGAAUUUUUCAGAUAGUUCGGGCGUUCAAAGACUCUGAAAUUACACAUAUCGAAGGAAGCGUUGAUCCUGUGCGUGAUUUGACAAUUGUCCAGGAUGAGUUGAUUCUAAAAGACAUGGAGUUCAUUGAAAAUUCGAUUGAAAAGCUAGAGGUGCAGUUGAAACAUAAAGGAAAUAAGCCCAUGCAUGAAAUAACUUCCAUGGAACAACAAUUGGAGGCAUUGAAUGCUGCCUACGAUUUGUUGAUGGAGGGCCAAAAGGUGAUAAACAAAAGUGACUGGAAAGACGACCACAUUGACGCACUUAAUGUACAUAAUUUACUCACUGCUAAGCCAAGUGUGAUUCUAGUCAAUGUUAAUGAAGAAGAUUUUCUCAACCAGAGGAACGAAUUCUUGAAAGAUAUCCAGACGUGGGUGGAUGAGUUCUCUCCAGGAUCGCCAGUCAUUCUAUUUUCUGCAGACUUUGAAACGAAAUUGAACGAGGAGCAUCAAAGUAGCAUGAAAUACAAUUCUACUUCAGCAUUACCGGCGAUUAUCCAGGAGAUGAGAAAGGUUUUAAACUUGAUCAGUUUCUAUACCUGUGGCGACAUUGAAGCACGUCAAUGGACCAUCAGGCAGAACGCCACAUGUCCGAAGGCUGCCGGUGUGAUCCACACGGACUUUGAGAAAACGUUCAUCAACGCUGAGUUGAUCAAAUUUGACGAUGUCAAAGGGUUAGAGCCUCCUUUUGAUGAAAAAUUAUUAAAGUCAAAGGGGAAAAUUCAACGGGUUGGUAAGAACUACAUAGUGGAAGAUGGAGAUAUUUUACAUUUUAAAGCCGCUGCAGCAAAGAAAAAAUGAUGUGUUUAUACAUACAUGAGAAUAUUUAGAUGAUAGUAAUACUUGUUUAUAGAUGAGAGAAGCCAUUUUCUCUUUCACGCUAACGGCCUUCUCUUCAUGCAUCGUGCAAAGAAUUAUAAUGCUCUCCCAAUCCGAAGGCAUGCUGGUAGUAAACUAAUUUGAGCUCUGGGUUGGACCCAGCUUCGUUCAUGUGUAAUGCAGCUCUGCCACUCAUCAUCACUGAUAUAGGGGAGUCGAAAACUUUGGAUAUAGCAAGAAUCUCCAGAUCUCCGCCCC